AUGUCGUCAGAAGCUGCCCCCAUAGACCCCGCGCGCUUCGCUGAGGCGCUCAAGGAGCUCCCCGCCAGCAGCCUUGCGCUCAAGGUCCUGGAGCUGCGCAACUCCAUCGCCCACCUCGAUUACUCCAACGAGGAGCUCAAGCCCUUUGCCGAUGGCACCGCUUCCGCUUUGGACUCGAGCGCCGCCCCCAAUGAACCCGACCAGGACUGCAUAGACGCCAUCAAGGAGAACGAGGCCGUCAUUGAGCGCAUGCAGCACCGGAUAGAGCUCAUACGCGCCGAAGUCGAGGAUCGGGGCCUCAGCUGGAACGAGUUCAAGGGCAAGACUGAUGAUGACAAGAAGGAGGGUUCUGAUACACAAGGGAGCGAAGAAGCACAGGCACACGCCACGGUGAAUGGCACAAACGGCGUCAACGGCCAGACGUCCUCGGCGGCCGAGAACGGACAGCACUCUGCCUGGACCGACGGCACUUUUACGACCGGCACAAUACGGGGACUCGGUGAUGAGGAGCUUCUUCGUCGACUACAAGAACGAUUGCCCGAGAUGCAAGACGACGACGACGAGGGCGGCAUGCACCUUUGA